AUGGCGAAGACUGGUGGCAUUCGUGACCUCCCCAAAGAAAACUGUAUUCCCAAAAUCCAUAUCCCUUGCUAUCAACCCAUCCCCUUCAAGCCCCGCCCAAUAUCCUCCUCACCCGUCCGGCCCUAUCAGCUCCCGUCCGAUCGUCGACCUCAAACUCUUGCACGCUUGCCGCGCGAACGCAGGACCAACGUUUGCCGGCGCUGGUCGACCUGGGCUGUAUGGAAUGCCAGUCGGGAUAUCCCGAUGCUCAGUACGAAUGUACCCAGAUACAGCUCCAAACCGAUCCCGCCAAACCAGUUCCUCCCGCGCAGAUGGUCCACUACCCCGCGACGUCCAUACAGGCCGCCUUUUUUGUCAAAGAAGGCCCCGUACUCGCCGCUAAGUACUAGUCUCGUAUGGGUGCAGUGCUCGGCUUUGGCGCCCCAGUUGCAGCGGCAGGCCAAAGCCAGACAUCUCCAACUUUGGUUCGUGCAUCGGAUGAAUACGGGGAAUACAGACUACACGAGCCAACAACCGCUCCUAACGAAGAACCCAUCGCACUCAUACAACAUCAGCCCUGCCCGCGAUGCGCGUCCAGGGCGCCCUCUGUGUCUAUACGGUCCGCGCAUACGAGCGGCAUCGUCAUAG